UCUCAAAAUACAAUACAACAAAAACCAAAAUACAGAUUUUUUUUCAUCCCAUACAUCAUCUCUGGGUCUCAUAAUAUGCUGUCGCCAUGGAAGCACACACACUCACAGAUACAAAAAAAACUGAACUGAGAGAGAAGAACUGAGAGAGUAUACAAAACGUAGCAUCAGAUCACAAGCAGAAUAUGGGUGACCGAGCUGCACUUGCCAUUCCCCGAUGCUGCUGUGGAGAGGCAGUGAGGUGGCUGCAUGGAGGAGGCGACUAUCCCCGUCUGUGAUUAGUGACCACGAGAAUGCUAGGAGAAGGGGGGCUGGGCAUGGGGCGGACUUGCUGUAGGAGGAGGAGGAGGAGGAGGAGGAGGAGAUGAGGAUUUGUUGCCUGUGCCCAAUUGGAGGCAGCAGGGAGUGAAGCAGCAUCUGUAUGAGGCGAGAGAAAGAACCUGCAUGGAAUGGAGGAGCUCUAGAGCAUCACUAUCGCUGUCAUAAAGACUCCCACCGCCUCCACCACUGCUGCCACUCUGGAUUGUGUGUUAAUGGAAGACACUCAGAGCAGCUCUGUAAUGCCCGUGGGACCAGCUGUGUGGAUCCAGUGCCACCUUUGAUAUGAUGCUGAGAGCAGGAGGGGCAGCCACCUCUCUCGGACUGCUGCUGCUGUUGCUGCCGCUGCUGUGCUGCUGCCACAUGUGCCACUCACUGCGGGUUCCAAAACUCUCCUCCUUUGCAAAAGCAGAGGACAAGCUGUUCAAAUACCUCUUUGUAAACUACCAGAAAUGGGUCCGUCCAGUGGAAUACCUCAACCAGACGAUCCGUGUGAAGUUUGGACUGGCCAUCUCCCAGUUAGUUGAUGUGGAUGAGAAAAACCAGCGAAUGACAACCAAUGUAUGGAUGAAACAGGAGUGGCUUGACAGGAAACUCAGAUGGAACCCUGAUGAAUAUCUGGGGAUCACAACUAUCCGAGUCCCAUCUAACAGGAUCUGGCUCCCUGACGUGGUAUUGUAUGAUAAUUCAGAUGGGCGUUUUGAGGGUACUGUCACCAAGGCAGUUGUUAAGUAUGAUGGAACCAUAUCAUGGACACCACCAGCCAAUUACAAGUCAGCUUGCACCAUUGAUGUCACCUUCUUCCCUUUUGAUCUCCAGAACUGCUCAAUGAAGUUUGGCUCCUGGACAUAUGAUGGCUCCCAGGUGGACAUAAUUCUGGAGGACUUCCACGUGGACAAGCAGGACUAUUUUGACAAUGGUGAAUGGGAGAUAGUGAAGGCCACAGGCAGCCGUGGUCUAAGGACAGCCGACAGCUCUUCCUAUCCUACCAUCACCUACUUCUUCAUCAUUCGCCGGUUGCCUCUUUUCUACACUCUCUUCCUCAUCAUCCCCUGCAUUGGCCUGUCCUUCCUCACCAUCCUUGUCUUCUAUCUGCCCUCCAAUGGCGGUGAGAAGAUCUCCCUCUGCACCUCAGUUUUGGUGUCGCUCACAGUUUUCCUCCUGGUCAUUGAGGAGAUCAUUCCUUCAUCUUCGAAGGCCAUCCCUCUCAUCGGGGAGUACCUGGUCUUCACUAUGAUCUUCGUCACGCUCUCCAUCAUCAUCACCGUCUUCGCCAUCAACAUCCACCAUCGCUCCUCUUCUACCCAUCACGGCAUGGCACCCUGGGUGAGGAGGAUCUUCCUGCAUCGACUGCCUAAGCUGCUGUGCAUGCGCAGCCAUGUGGACCGUUACGACCCAGCUGGAGUAGCCAGAGCAGGAGCAGCAGUAGGACAGGGUGUGACGGAGGACUCAGCACCUGAACUGACACCUCGGCUCUACACCAGGCAUAACCUACAAGCAGCGUUGGAUUCUAUUCGCUACAUAAACAUGCAUGUGGUUAAAGAAAAUGAGGUCAGAGAGGUGGUUCAAGAUUGGAAAUUUGUAGCCCAGGUCUUGGAUCGAGUGUUUCUUUGGGCCUUCCUCCUGGUGUCAAUCCUGGGCACUGCUCUCCUCUUCAUCCCAGUCAUUUACAAAUGGGCCAACAUCAUUGUCCCUAACCAUGCUGGAAGUACCCUCUAAGAGCCACAGUUCAACUUACAACAAAUGGAGGCAAAGCACAUUAACAGCUCGUUAUGGGUCCCAUUGUGAGAUUUGAAAGACUGAGAUACUGUGAUUACCACUCAGAUAGGGCCCUGCUCUGCUUAUCCACAGUCAUUCUGUAAGCCACAGCUGUGCCAGAGAUCCAGCUGCAGAUUUGGGGACUCGAUUGCUGAGUGUAUCUCACAGACACAUGGUUUUGUUUUGUUUAUUAUGUAUUUCUGAGUUAAGUAACGAUAAAUGAAAAGACUCAAUUGAUGUAUUACGAAGAAGAAAAAUCUGCCAUUGUCCACAUCUCACACAUCAAUAAAUUUCAAUACAUUGCACCUACUAUACUUGCUGGCAUCAUAGCGUGCAGAUGUAUCUUUAGGUCUUAUAGAGAUUCGUAGAUACAAAAUAGCAAGACAACAUGUCCUAACAGGAUCAUUUCGGAAAAAUGCCCCAGUGAUGCCUCCUUUGUUUUUGCAGGUUACAGGACACAGUGAUGAAUAUCAAUUCAGUUUAAUUAAUUUCAAUAUAACUUUAUUUAUCUCUUUAAUUACAUGGCAGCUUGCCACCCAGAUUGGCAGAUACACACACUAGUUAGACACACACAAUAGUUAGGAGAAGACCAUCAUUCUCAUUUUACAUACUACUCUGUGUGCAUAUCAGCUGUGUAUAACAUUUGGAAAAAUGACCACUUUAUCUGUGGGGCAUAGUUCAAAUAAAAGUGAUAGUUUAACUUUGCUAUCCUGUAAUUCCAGUUUCACAAAUGUGAUCAAGAGCAAAAUCAAGGAAGUAAGAAUAGAACAACAUAUUCCUUCCUUCUAAUAAAAGACGUGUAUUUUUAAGUUAUUUCUCCUCCUGUGUACAUUCAGAAGACCACAGUCACACAAACACAAUCUAUAGAUCAUAAUUCAGUGAGUGCCACGCAGGUCAGAUACUACUCUUCAGGGAUACACAUAGAUAACAGAGUUAGAUAAUAGUUUCUCUAUUCGUUCUGCUUGACUGUGCGUGAAAGAAUGGGUGGCCUUUCUUGCCCAGACUUGAGUGUCUCUGGCAGCCCUUCCUUUCAGCCUGAGGACAAAUCCCACAUUCUUUAUGGGACUGUAAUACAAUCCUUAGUAACAGAUUAGUGCAGAGGCACUGUGGGUCCAGGAUGUUUUAAGCCUUAUGUAGCUCAGCACAAAAGUUAGCUCCAUCAAAAGUGAAAAUAGGUCUAAUAACAACUCCAAAUCUGUCUUGUUAUUGUAUUGGUGUUGCAUGCAGAUACCUCAGAUGAUGUAAUACUGUAGAGAAAUGUAGUAAAAGGCCUUAGGUUCCCUACACCACUAUCAACCUCUCCAAUAACCAGGAAGACUUUCUGUGUUUGGGCAGCUGAGCAGCUCAGCCUUUGGUUGAGCCUGCACUGCCUCUGCAUGGCCAUGUCUUCACAUUACAGCUGAAAAAAAUCAACAAAGGCACCGCCAGCACGAACAUGUUGGUUAUUGUAAUGAUAAAAUCUGUAACAUUCCAGUUCCAGUUACUGUUCUGCUAAAUAUAGAGACUGUAAAUAAAAAUGGCAAACAAAAAACAAGCACAGAUAGAGAAUGUAAGGCAUUUUUUUGUCUUUUUAUUUAAUCCAAACAAAGAUGGAUGAGACGAAUUAAGGGGGAAAAGAAGAGAAGAGUUCAGCAAGUGAGGGCUUCUACUGAGUUGGUCAGUUUAACAGUUUAACAUUACCUACUAUCUACCUUUAUCUGUUUCUUGGCCCCGGAUUCUGUCAAUUCCUUCAUAUCAGCCCCAUACAUUUUUUUCUAUCUUGU